GGAUGGGGGGUGUUCGUGCGAGAUGCAGUAGAGAAGAACGAGUUCAUUCAAGAGUACACGGGAGAGCAGAUGUCACAGGAGGAAGCGGAUAGGCGAGGAAAGAUUUACGACAAGAGAAAUUCGAGCUACAUCUUCAACCUUAACAAUCAGACUGUCUUGGAUGCCAUGAGAAAGGGAAACAAGACUCGCUUUGCGAAUCACAGCAAUUCUCCAAAUUGCUUUGCAAAGAUCCUUCUUGUCAGGGGGGAUCAUCGAAUUGGCAUCUUUGCGAAACGACGAGUGGAGGCAGGAGACGAACUUUUCUACGACUACCAUCAC